CUGUUGAGCAGUUGUACCAUGUGAUUCAUGUCCAAACACAGAGAGACCCAGAGUCCACUGCUGUCUAACAGGCAAGCACAUUGUGUUUAAACUCAGACUGCUCAGCUAUGACAGACCUUUUGGGCCAGAUUGUUGGGGAUGGAUUGUUAGAAAAAAAUGUCAUUGAGGAGGUUCUGGCAUGUGCAAAAUUGGCCCCAGCCCAAUCCCUAUGGACUACAGAGGCCAGUGGAUCAGUUCAGUUGAGAAUGGAUGAACACUGUCCAGAACAGCCCAUCACUGUGCAUCAGAUGUUUUAUAACUCAGUUCAGAAGUAUGGAAAUCUGACAGCUUUGGCAAGCAAAAGAGGAAAUAAAUGGGAAAAAGCUACCUUUCUAGAAUAUUAUCACCUUUGUCGAAUGGCUGCCAAAGGCUUUCUAAAGCUUGGUCUGGAGCAGUUCCACGGUGUAGCUAUUUUGGGUUUUAACUCAGCUGAAUGGUUUAUUGCUGCUGUUGGAACUGUAUUUGCAGGGGGUAUAAUGGCGGGUAUCUAUACCACAAACUCACCAGAUGCUUGCCUCCACGUUGCUAAUGACUCAAGAGCCAAUGUUAUUGUUGUGGAAAAUCAAAAACAACUGGAUAAAAUUAUGCAGGUAAAGGAUAAGCUGCCACAUUUGAAAGCCAUAGUUCAGUAUUCUGGAUCAUUAAAGGAGAAGCUGGCAAAUCUUUAUUCUUGGGAAGAGUUCAUGGAACUAGGACUAGAAGUCUCUGAUCAUGAACUAGAUGAAGUCAUCAGUAAACAGAGAGCCAAUCAGUGCUGUGUGCUUAUUUACACCUCUGGGACAACUGGAUCGCCAAAAGGAGUGAUGUUGAGCCAUGACAAUAUUACAUGGACAGCCCACCAUGCAAGCAGAGCUGGAGAUAUGCAGCCAGCUGAAAUCAGACAAGAGUCUCUGGUCAGUUACCUACCUCUUAGCCACAUUGCUGCCCAGAUCUACGAUCUUUGGACAGGGAUAAAGUGGGGGGAGCAAAUUUCCUUUGCCCAGCCAGAUGCUCUAAAGGGGACUUUGGUGGACUCACUACGAGAGGUGACUCCCACAGCCCACAUGGGUGUUCCCCGUGUUUGGGAGAAAAUUAUGGAAAAGAUCAAAGAAGGCAUUUCAAGGUGUGGAUAUAUGAAAAGGAAAAUGGUAACCUGGGCCAUGUCAGUUAGCUUGGAUGCUAAUCAAAGGCUUAAAAAGGAUGAAGAGAAGUCUUUUCUCUUUACUCUUGCUGAAAAAUUAAUUUUGCAGAAGCUUCGUGCCGAGCUUGGUUUCUCCAGUUGUGUGAAGUUCUUUUCAGGUGCAGCACCUAUUGGAAGGGAAACCCUUCAAUUUUUUCUUGGCCUUAACAUUCGGCUUUAUGAAGCCUAUGGAAUGAGUGAAACCUCAGGACCCCAUUUUAUGUCUGGACCAGAAGCUUACCAGUUUCUAAGCUGUGGUAAAGUGGUUCCAGGCUGCCAGUACAAACUAAUAAACAUAAAUGCUGAUGGAUCUGGUGAAGUAUGUUUCUGGGGCCGCAAUGUCUUCAUGGGUUUUCUUAACCUGGAGGAUAAAACAAAGGAGGCUUUGGAUGAAGAUGGAUGGCUCCGCUCUGGAGACCUGGGAAAGGUAGAUGAAGAUGGAUUUAUUUACAUUAAUGGAAGAAUAAAAGAACUCAUUAUUACUGCCGGAGGAGAAAAUAUUCCACCACUACCCAUUGAGGAUGCUGUGAAACAGGAGUUGUCAAUCAUUAGCAACGCCAUGCUAAUUGGUGACGAAAGGAAAUUUUUGUCCAUGCUGCUAACACUAAAGUGUACAGUCAAUCCAGAGACCACUGAGCCCACUGACAUUCUUAGCUUGGAGGCUGUAGAAUUCUGUCAGCGGAUUGGUAGCCAAUCAACAAAAUUGUCAGAUAUCACUGGAGGAAAAGACAAGUUAGUUUACAAGUCCAUUGAAGAUGGUAUUGGACAGGUCAAUUCCAAAGCAACCUCAAAUGCUCAGCGUAUACAAAAAUGGACCAUAUUAGAUAAAGAUUUCUCAGUUGCUGGAGGAGAACUAGGUCCUACAAUGAAGCUACGCCGGCCAGUGGUUUUGCAGAUGUAUCACAAUGAAAUAGAAAAUUUUUACAGAGAAUAGAAGUCCCCCAGAAUGGAUGCAUCUCAGUUGCUUUUUAUAUCAAAUCAAAUAGCAACACUUUUGCACCAGUUUAAAAAGGUUGCUCAGAGGUCCCAAUACAAAAUGUCUACCACAAAAAAGGUCAUAAGGAUAUUCAUUAAAUAAUGAUUAAUUUUCAGGACAUUAAUCCUUUAAACUUGCUUAUUUACAAUCUGUUGUUUUAAUGAAAAGAAAUAAAAAUUAGAUAAUUAGAAAGAUUCAAAACCCAGCAAACCAUUUUGUGUUUACAGUUUUUUACAAUGGCUAUGACAGUUUUUUUCAAUACAUUUAACAAGUUUGCUAAACUCUUAACGCACCAACACACCUAAAACA